AUACACACUGAAAAUGAAGAUCGGAUUUAUUGGAGCUGGAAAAAUGGCUCAGGCUCUUGCCAGAGGCCUCAUCAACUCAGGCAGAAUCACAGCAGACAACAUUAUUGCCAGUUCGCCAAAACGCGAUGAAGUGUUCCUUGACCAAUGCAAGGCACUAGGGUUGAACACUACUCAUGAUAAUGCUGAAGUUGUGCAAAAAAGUGAUGUUGUGUUUCUUGCCGUCAAGCCAGUGCACGUGAGCAAAGUUGCUUCUGAAAUCGCUCCAGCCCUUAGCAAAGAACAUUUGGUAGUUUCUAUUGCACUUGGAAUCACUAUAAGAAAUAUUGAAUCGCUUCUCCCAACGAAAUCUCGAGUGGUACGUGUCAUGCCAAAUACCCCAUCAGUUGUUCGCGCCGGUGCAUCAGCGUUCGCCAUGGGAUCUGCUUGUCGUGAUGGCGACGCCGAAACUGUAGAGAAACUCUUGAGCACUGUUGGUUUUGCAGUGGAGGUUCCAGAAAUUCAUAUCGACCCAGUAACAGGACUCUCCGGCUCUGGACCAAGUUAUAUGUUCGCUGUGAUCGAAGGGCUUGCUGACGGCGGUGUUAAAGUUGGACUUCCACGUGACCUUGCUCUGAAGCUUGCGGCUUAUACUUUACUUGGAGCCGCAAAGAUGGUUCUAGAAACUGGUAUUCAUCCAGCUCAGUUGAAGGAUGACGUUCAAAGUCCUGCAGGUUCAUCAGUAUAUGGAAUGCACAAAUUGGAGAGUGGAGGGCUCAAGGGUGUUCUUAUGGAUGCUGUCGAGGCGGCUACAAACCGGUCAAGGGCUACUGGAGACAAGGCGUUGCCAAGAGACUUCCGAAAUACCGAGAUAGAAACGGAAAAAAUGAUGGAAAGUGCACAACAACAAAGGACAUGAUAAAUUCGCACAAAUUUUAUUUCAUUUAUUUUAAUUUCGGAUUUGAAAUAUCUGGAAAUACGUAUUUCAUUUAGGCAUAUUGUCUCUAAUAAAAUAACCAAUCAAA